AAAGCAAAGUAGGACCUCUUGUGUGACGUCAUCAAAACGCGACUCAGAGAGUCUGUACUGUAGAAGCUCUGACAUAACCGAGAUCAUUAUUACUUAUUAUUUUUAGGAUUGAUUUGAAGUCAUGCCCAAAGUGAAAAGAAGCAGAAAGCCACCACCAGACGGUUGGGAGCUGAUCGAGCCCACUCUUGAUGAAUUAGAUCAGAAAAUGAGAGAAGCUGAAACCGAGCCUCAUGAGGGUAAACGGAAAGUCGAGUCGCUUUGGCCAAUAUUCAGACUUCAUCACCAGCGGAGCCGCUACAUUUUCGACCUUUUUUACAAAAGAAAGGCAAUCAGCAGAGAACUCUACGAUUACUGUAUAAAAGAAGGAUAUGCUGACAAGAACCUGAUUGCGAAGUGGAAGAAGCAGGGUUAUGAAAAUCUGUGCUGUCUUCGCUGCAUUCAGACACGAGACACCAACUUCGGAACAAAUUGCAUAUGCAGAGUGCCGAAAGGCAAGCUGGAAGUGGGUCGUAUCAUUGAGUGCACUCAUUGUGGAUGCAGAGGAUGUUCUGGAUGAUCGACUUCUGCUGUUGGGACUCAUUAUAUGUUAAUCUUGUAUCUUAAUUUUCAUAAUGCUUUCAAAUUUUCUUUGUGAAUAUUUUUUCAUUCCAGAUUAUUUUUUGUCCUUUAUUGUUUGAAAAUUCAGUUUUCAUUAAACUUUGCCAUCUUUAAAA